UUUAACACAUUCACAAACAUUUUGUCUUAAAAUUAUUGAUAAAUCAUUUCAUAUUCUCGCAUCUCCAUCUCCACAAUUAUGUAAAUUAAUCCUUGACAUUAUAAGAAUAUCUUUACCUGUGCUAAAAUCAAAUCCUCAAAAAAUGGAAACAUUGUCUUAUGUUAUUCUUAGUGCAGUAGAACUUGUACAAACAAUUUCAAUUUGUUGUGGCGAAUUUUUUACUAGUCGUGUAGUAAAUGAUGUUUGGCCAAUAUUUAAAAAAUUAUUGCAACAGCAAUCAUUGAUUGAUCAAGAAUAUUUGGAAUUGAUGAAAUCAACUUUUUCAAAUUCACAUUAUUUAAAAAUAUCCAUAUUGUCAACAAUAAAAGUUAUAAUAAAUCAAGUUAAACUAUCUAAUGAGAUUUUAUGUGACAUAAUUGACAUGAUGUGGAUCUUUCUAAGUGAUCAGUUUCAUGAAGAAAUACAAGAAUUGGCAAAAGAUUUAUUUAUAGA